GCCCACCUCCCCUUAAGGAAAAAAAAAAAAAAACUCAACAUGGCAAGAUCGAACUGAUUUGGAUGAGAGUCACAAGGAAACACAAAGACAGAAGCAGAAAAUCCUCAAAAUAAUAAAUUGGAAGUGAAGUGGAGCGAAGAAGGUUGAAAGAAGGAGAUUUGUUAGAAAAAUCUACCAAAAAAAGAUGGUAUUCAGUGCAACAGUGGUAGGAGCACUGUUGGGGCUGGGCACCCAGAUGUACUCCAAUGCUCUCCGCAAACUUCCUUACAUGCGCCAUCCGUGGGAACAUGUGGUGGGCAUGGGAUUAGGAGUUGUUUUUGUGAAUCAAUUGGUCAAAUGGGAUGCUCAGCUUGAACAAGACCUUGACAAGAUGCUUCAGAAAGCUAAGGAAGCCAAUGAGCGCCGUUACUUCGAUCAAGAUGAUGAUUAGCGCAUCUGGAUUGAUGUCCUUUGGCAUAGACAGCCCGUUUCUUUUGUUGCUGUGCUAGAAAUCUUGUGAGAUGUUUUUCUUGCUGUUGCUGCAAAUGAGAUUUAGGAUGCUUUCAUAAUGUGGACAGCAUGGAGUUGGAUCUCCAAUAAUACCUUGAAGCAAUCUAGUGAUUUUCUCCACUGGAAUACAGUUUUUAUUAUGAUUUUGCAAUGCUUGUCAUGAAUUUUGGGUCCUUCAUACCUUGCCGCUUGAUCAAAAGUUUGGAACAGAUCACUCUUGAAAUAAGUUAAAUCUUGGAUUUGCCUUGGAUUA